AUGCUGAUCAGAGAGCUGCUGCUGCACUGUGCCCUCCACCCCCUCUGGGGCGUCAUUCAGAUCAUUCAAGGUGAACCACAGAAGUCAUGUUCCAAGUCUGUAGCAGAGAAGGUUACGGAGAGUUGCCAGCAAAUCUGCCAGUGUAGACCACCUCCUCCAUUACCACCACCUCCACCACCCCCACCACCUCCGAGGUUGCUUGUGGUCCCAACUCCCAAGUCUACCUUUUGCCCCACUGAAGAGACCUGGUGGCCAGGCCUGGUUAUAAUCAUUGCGGUAUGCUGCGCCACACUAGUGUUCCUCUUUGUAGUUGUCAUCAUUUGCUACAAAGCCAUAAAAAGGAAACCACUGAGAAAAGAAGAGAAUGGAACAAGUCGAGCUGAAUAUGCAAUGACGUCCUCCCAGAACAACAAAACAGUUGAUAAUGCAGUAGUAUAAUCCCCAGGACCCCCACAAGACAUGGGAGGUGUUAAACUUUAAAAGCACACACACAAAGUAUGCAAGGUGGGUGAAAUAAGGAAAUGAAAGGAGCUCUGUGGCCAUGGACUUCAUUUCGGGAAUAGUGCACGUAUCAGUUAUUCAGAGAAGAAAAGCAGA